AGAGAAUCACAGGGAUCUUGAACCCGAAAUCGGAGGAGGAUGCCGAUUCGAAUCCUGUCGGCUCUCGACCAUGCGAAGAUCCAACUGUACCAUUUCAAAGCGAUAAUCAUCGCAGGUAUGGGGCUUUUCACCGACGCGUACGAUCUCUUCUGCAUAGCUCCGAUCAUGAAAAUGAUCAGACAUAUCUACUAUGGCGACAAACCCAUCGGCACGGCUGUUCUUUCCGCUUCUUACGCCAUUGCCCUCCUCGGAACAGCGAUCGGACAAGUCGUUUUCGGACAUCUCGGAGAUCGAAUCGGUCGGCGGAGAGUAUACGGCCUCUCCCUACUGAUCAUGAUCUUCAGCUCCUUCGGCUGCGGCUUUUCCGUCUGCACCACGCAACGCUCCUGCGUUAUGGUCAGCCUAGGGUUCUUCCGGUUCGUGCUCGGACUCGGAAUCGGCGGGGAUUACCCUUUGUCGGCGACAAUCAUGUCAGAGUUCGCCAACCGGAGGACACGUGGCGCUUUCGUAGCGGCCGUGUUCUCGAUGCAAGGGCUGGGGAUACUCGUGAGCUCGGCGGCGACCAUGGCUGUCUGUAAGAUCUUCGAGGUCGCCGGCGGAGACAGGGCGGCGAAUGAUCUGUCUUCGCCGUGGGAGGCUGACGUGGCGUGGCGGCUGAUCCUCAUGCUUGGCGCCAUCCCCGCCGCGCUCACGUUCUACUGGAGGAUGCUCAUGCCGGAAACCGCCAGAUACACAGCACUAGUGGAGAACAACGUGGUCCAAGCGACAAAAGACAUGCAGAAAGUGAUGGCGGUCUCGAUGUCACAGAUCGCGGAGGACCCUUCGGAAGCUCCGCCGCGUCCUCCGCCGUCUCCGCCCUACAAGCUCUUCUCCCGCCAGUUCCUCCGUCUUCACGGCCGAGAUCUCUUCGCCGCCUCCGCCAACUGGUUCCUCGUCGACGUCGUCUUCUACACGAGCAACCUCCUCCUCUCCCAGAUCUUCAACCUCUCCAAUGUCCCACACACCAACGUAUACGACGUCGCUUUCAGAGUGGCCGAGUUCUCCGCCAUUGUCGCGGCUUGCUCCACCAUCCCUGGUUACUGGUUCACCGUCUACUUCAUCGACAGAAUCGGAAGACUAGGUAGAUUAGUCUUUGGUAGGAAGAUCAUAAAUUUAUUCCCUCGUUACAGCAGCUACUGGGCCAACCACAGAGACACCAACAACAAAGGGUUUAUGGUUCUUUAUGGACUUAUCUUCUUCUUCUCCAAUUUCGGACCCAAUACCACUACGUUCAUCAUUCCGGCUGAGCUUUUUCCGGCGAGGUUCAGGUCCACGUGUCACGGUAUCUCCGGAGCCGCCGGAAAGUUUGGCGCCAUCGUGGGCAUCGUCGGUUUCCUUUGGGUGACAAAGACGGUGUAUGUAGAAAAAGACGGCAGUCCAGGGAACGGGGACUUAGACGACGUGAAUUUUCCGGACGUGAAGCGCAUGAGAAUUGCUUUUCUGAUUCUCGGCGGCGUUUGCAUCGUCGGGAUGGCAGUGACGUAUUUCUUCACACGCGAAACGAUGGGGAGAUCUUUAGAAGAGAACGAGCUCGAGAGAGUUAACGAAGGGCAAGAACUUGACGUACAGAGACGUUCUACUACGGACAGGUCACCUUCCUCCCGACAGAAUGAUUGAAACACUAAUUCUCGGCUUCGAUUUCUUUCCUCGUACCAUGUUCUUUUAACCCGGUUUUGUUCUUUUUUGUUUACUUUGACUCUUGAUCUACCUGUGACGAUCUUUGCUUACAUCAUGUAAAGGUCGACACUUGCUUUGUUUGGCUGUUUCAUUCAUUUUCUAUAUUCCA